ACCUCCCGCGGGCGGGGGAACAUAGUCGGCAGCUAUUGGAGAGCCUGGGAGCUAUGGGUUUUAGCAUAUUUUUCGACAUUAGCCCCAGAGCUCGAGGUGGAGGCGCCUCUUGUGAUUCGUUACUCGCUUGUAUUUGAGGGCCAGUACCGACCGAGAGCCCGGGAGACUCUGCCUUAUCUGCGACAGUUCUUCGAUACGGUGCAGCCGACCGAGAUCACAUGGAAGCCCUGGGCGCCCUUGGGUGGAGAUACCCGAUUUCAGUUUGUUGGGGAGUGGGCCUCUUCUCGGUACAGGAUCCUAUUUGAGGGGCCAGUUGGCAGGGCCUGGGUUCUGGGGGACCGCUUCCUACGCCAGACGAUGGGCUACCCCGAGCAGAGUAUCCCCGCAGCACCUCCGGACGACAUGCGGUCCACUGAGGGACUCACUCCCCAGGAGGUUGAUUUGGCUAUGCUGGGCACUGAUGUAGCUCUACAUUUGGAGGAGGGGGAGUACGCGACUUACCGUCAUACAUACUUGAUGCUCCCAUUGACAGGUGUCUGCACUCCCACGAGGAGGUCUGCUGGCAUGCCACCAUCGACUCGAGUCCGGGCUACAGAUGCUCCUUUGACCAGCAGGGCCGGCACAUCGAGAGGUGGGGCUAGACUGGUUCCUCCGAUUCCUCCGACUUACUAUCAUGUUGGAUGGCCAGAUAUUCUGACCGAGUUGACUGGAUGGCGAUACGGGUCAUUCUACCCGAUUCCCAUAGAGCCUCCUAUGCCUGAUCAUCGAUAUGUCAGAGACCCUGACUCGCCACCGCGAGUAUACUGAGGGGUUGCUCGGGUUGGUGGCCUCACUCGAGGGCAUGGUCCUGCGGAGAGAGACGCAGCUAUUCAUCGCCGGUGUUUCGGCUGAGCCACAGGCUGGGCCAUCCAGGCCCUCUCGAGGACCUGGGAGAGGGGGUUCGACUCGUAGACAGGGCAGGCGCAGAGCACCUAUCAUAGAUGAGGAGUCUAGCGAGGAGGAGGAGUCCACGCAUCCUCAGUCAAAGACAUCCGCAGGCAGGGAGGAGGACUCCGGCUCCGGUUCUGAGAGUGGAGACGAUGCCGAGGAUGGCGGCUCCGACUCAGAUGAUGGUACUGAUACCGAGGUCGUUCCGCAGAAGAGGAUGAAGAGGGCCUCUCAUUCUUGCGCUUGAUAGCACGAAUGCAGAUGUUCCUACUUUACUUUCCUUUUUUACUAGUAGUUGUAGCACAUUAGCUUUGUUAGGCAGUUUUAUUUUCUGUAAAA